GCAGGGUUCAAACACACGGCACGUGCGGAGCUGUUCUUUGUGCUUAAGCUGCUACACGGCUUCGACUUUGUAUAACCUGGGAGUUUGAUUCGAACACAAUCCACACCAUGGCAGAAGGAGAAGCUGAGUGGGAACUUAGCAAGGAGAAUAUUCAACCUCUGAGAGAGGGUCGACGCAUUGGUGCCUUACAGCAGGCAUUGAGCCAACAAGAUGGGUCAAGUCAUACUACAGUUCAACAGCAGAAACAAGCUUUUGAGUGUGAGCUUCGUAUGUACACUGGCGAUGACCCUCUUGAUGUGUGGGACAGGUACAUUAAAUGGACGCAGCAGGUGUAUCCCCAAGGGGGAAAGGAAAGUAACCUCUUGGUGCUUUUGGAGAGGGCAGUCAUAGCCUUCGCUAAUGAGAAGCGGUACCAUAACGACUCUCGCUACGUAAACCUGUGGCUCAAACAUGGGGAGAACAUCACAGAGCCGCUGGAAAUUUACAACUACAUGCACAGACACGGGAUUGGGGUCCAGCUGGCUGCUUUUUAUAUUGCCUGGUCAGAGGAGUUUGAAAAACAUGGGAACUUCAAGAAGGCAGAUGGUAUAUAUCAGCAGGGUGUUAGCUGUGGAGCUGAGCCUGCUGAUAAACUGCACCAGUACCAUAAGGAAUUCCAGGCGCGUGUGUCACGCCAAGUCAUGGCGGGCAUGAGGGAGAGUGAGCAGGAGGAAGAGAGCUUGGAGCCAACUCAGCCUCAGCGGUCUUCACUUGUGGACCUGAAGCCUAGGGGAAAGAAGACAGCAUUUGCCCCAGUUGUUAGGACUGGAGCAACCGUUAGCUACCAAAAACGUGGCCUGAGUUUCCAGCUGCCUGCUGCUGCUCACAGUGGUCAUAACAGUCGGGUAAUGGUGUUCGAUGAGAAUCAAGGUGCUGCAGUGGAGAAUUGCGAACCCAAGACAGAACAAUGGACUGCCCCACCCACUGGCAGGGCAAAGGAGAAUGAGAUCAUGCCUGAAAAGUGGACCAAUGUUAAGAUACCACAGAAGUUUGGCAGCAGUGUUGUGCCUCCAUCCGCCAAGCCUACCUUCCAGCCUUUUGUGGAAGAGUGUGAUCAGCCUCCUGCAGUAACACCUUGUAAGAUCAACCCCGCAGUUAACACAGUGCUGUCUGCUCGGAAGCCCUCCAAGGAGGAGAGUGCUCUGGAACUCCUGCAGCAGCAGCAUGCUGAGGAGCAGCCAAAAGAGCAGAGCAUGUACUGUAAGGAGCUGCUCUUCAGAGGUGCCACAGAGUUCUGCUUCGAGGAACUCCGGGCAGAGCGCUACUAUAAGAAGGUGUCACGGGAACUAGAAGAAAAGACAGCAAAGCUCAAGGCAUUUAAGGAGGAUCUAAAGAAACAAGUUGAGGCCAAGCAGAAGCUUCUUCAUGAACACAGUUCUCAGAUGGAUGCUUGUCAUGAGGUGAUACCCCCUGUGGAAGGUCAUCCAGUUCAGCAGGUUGUGGAGUGUCUCCCGGAAGCUGCAGCCCCACUGCCUGUCUCACCAUUCAACGUAUAUGAUGAAAAUGAAGGAGCAGCUUCUGCAGGAAGCAACCUGACUGCUCCAAAUGAGGGCCUUCCAUUGGAUAAGGAAGUAGACAAUACUGUGAAUGGACCAGCGACAAAGGUUAUGCCAUUUACUAUAUUCUGUGACAGUGACACAUCUGAACAGUCACAGGAAAGGGUCUCCAUCGCUGCAACAUCUAAACCACCAACUUGUCGAUCUUUGAACACCAUAUUGAAACCAAUCGUUGAGUCGGUUCCAAAACCUGAAAUUGAUACCUUGGAGAGAAUGAAGCCCAUAAGUGAGGAUUCCAUCCUUGGCAGCUACCGCAAUAAAACCCUGUGUCCUAGCCCAGAACACACACAUGACUUUGUAAGGGCUGUGCACCUAGCAUCUACGCCUUUCAGUGCCAGUCAGGGCGAGAGGGACUUUUCUGACUCGGACGGCAACCUCUCUGCUCUGCCGCCAUUUACUGCAGUGUCAGUCCAGACUCCUGCUGUAAAACAGGAGGACUAUGAGAUGGCUCUGCAUGGAGUGAAUCAACUCAGUCCCAUCCAGGAGGUCAGCCAGGAAAAUGGCCAGUGCUCAUCAUCCUCUUCCUCUCUGGAUGGGACUUCCUGUGUAAAGAUUAUGCAUUUGACUCACCAGUCAGAGCCUGAUACCCCAGAGCUGAUCCAUAUUGCCGCUGAGCAGACUGCCCAGGCAUUCCUGUCAGAAACUGAGAUGGAGAAUCCCUCCAGUGCAGAUUCCAGGAGGCGAGCACUGGAAAAACUUGAUCUUGAUGCCUUUCCUAACUUCUUCAGGAAAGCAGAACCUUUGCCUACGGUUAUGGAGGGUGAAGUGCUAUUUGAAGGUGAUGAGACCAUUGUAAUCUUCUCCAAGAUAGCCAGCGGUGAAAAUUACUCGGUCUACCUUGGAAAGACAAACAUUAAUGAAAAUGUUGUUGUCAAGGUUGAUCAUGAGAGCGUACCUUGGGACUUCUACAUUCAUGUUCAGUUGAGGAACCGCUUGGGCCUGGACUCCCAUAAGUACUUUGGCAGGAAAAGCAGUUGUUUCUUGUAUAAGGAUGGCUGCAUCACUCUACACUGGGGACACCACUGGGGCACACUGCAGGACUUCUUGGCCAGGUCUACCCUCCCACAGGUUGCCUCUCUGGUCCUGGAGCUGCUGGAGUUGGUACAGCAGAUGCACAGCUGCCAUCUACUACACGGGGACAUUCGACCUGGCACGCUGCACGUAUGUUACAGGGAGACCUGUGGCAGUGAGGAUAGCGUCCUGAAAGUGCUGGAUUUCUCACACUCUCUGGAUUUGGACCUACAGCCUGUGGUGAUAUCCACUGUUAGUCUUCCUGGAAUUCAGACCCUGCUUGAACAGGGUGUCCUGUUAUCCACCUCCAGUCCUUAUCAGGUUGACCUUCUAGGUAUUGCCGAAACUGUAUACAUGAUGUUAAAAAGGAAGAAGAUGAAACUUGUGAAAAAGGAAGCUGAGUGGAGGCUUGAUGAUGAUUUGGAAAUUUCUGGAACUCAUGAUGCAGUUUGGCAGGAUUUCUUCAAGAAAAUUCUCAAUGCAGAAUCUGCAUCUUCUGUUCUCACAGAGCUGCAGGAACUUCUAAAGAAUAAUUUCAAUGAUUGCAUUGAUGAUCAGCUUACUUCAGUCAUAUGGCUGCCAUAGACUGUUCCUUUGUAAAUGAAAAUUAGUCCAGUUACUUUCCUUUUGUGUAUUAUUGUUGGUUUUAAAAGGUCUUUGUUGUUUCUGGGGUAAGACUUUUCUCAAUAAAUGCACUUUUAUAUGUUGACAGGAUUUUUAAGUAGUGUCUUCAUACUUCAGCUUAGUUUAUGGGUGCUGUGUCUUGGGAGGGUUGUGGUGAUAACUAGCAUUUUUCUUCUCCCUGUGACUUCCGCUCAAAUAAGUCUUCAUCAUUAGCUCAAUCUUUUUUUGCGUACGUGUACUUAAAGUAACCUGACAGAUGACUAAAUUGUCCUUUUUUUUUUUUUUUCUUUUUUUUUUUCUUUUUUUUUAAAAGCACAAAAGGGGAAAAAUCUUUGGUACAGAAAGAAGGAAGAUUUGCCAAGUAAAUUGUUUACCUUUGUGGGUACCUGUGACUGAAACAAACAUGACUUAUUGAAAGAUUCCUAUACAAUCCAGGCAGCCCUGUAUCAGUCCUGAGUGCCAGUUCUCCUGUAUGGUCAGUGGUUAUUGUACAAAAAAAUCUUGAGCCUUCAA